AUGAGUAUGCAAGAUUCCGAUGCGACUGAUCUCACCGCCUCGCCCUCCAUCUGGGGCGACUUCGUAGACUCAGACGGUGAAUGGGACGUCGAAGAUGCAUGCGAACCCGUCGACCGAUAUGAAGAAGGACUUUACCUUCCCAUCUGUAUCGGUGAAGUCAUCGCAGACAGGUAUCGAAUUGAGCACAAGCUAGGUCAUGGCGGAUUCUCGACUGUCUGGAUGGCCCAUGACAUGGACAAAGGAAAAGAUGUCGCCCUCAAAAUCAUGACAGCGAACUUUGGGGGUGAGCGAGAGUUCCUUAUGCAGAAUGAGAUCCUCCGUUGUGUAACAGACACUUCACGUCUGUUGAUUUACCACGACGCUUUCUUAUUACCUGGCGCAGCCAGAAAUCCUCAUCGAGUCCUCGUUUUCCCACUCAAGGGCCCCAACCUGAGAGAUUACGCCCGGGAGACAUCUACAAUUGUACGCAGGUCAGCUGCCAAACAGUUGCUCCAAGCACUCAAAGCACUGCAUGAUGGUGGAAUGCGCCAAUGUGAUGUUUGGUCUUCGUCAUUUGAGCCUGGUGCUGAUAUAUCCGCCAAGUAUCAAAUUCUUGGUCGCCCUCAGAAGAUCGAAUUUCCGACGGACCAAAAGAUGUGGAAGGAGGGACAAUUGGUGGCACCAAUGUCUCCAAAGGACAGCUUUGUUGUUCCGGAUACCAUAACUCUCGCCGACUUUGGUCUGACUAUUCGAUCUGGCACUGAGGUAGACUUUAAGCUUCAGGGAACUAUCGGAUACUCCGCGCCUGAGCUUAUGCACGGUGUAAAUCCGACUUUUGCUUCUGAUAUGUGGAGCUACAUGUGUAUCUUUGCUGAGCUCUACCUAAAGUGGCCUCUCUUCGGUACUGGAUUUUUCGGUGGCGGAUUACGCUUUGUAGUUGGACUUCUUAUCAGAGUGCUAGGCCCACUACCUCUGUCGUGGAAAGGUUCAUAUGAAGGCGGUGGGGAACCAGAUGAGAGCUGGUAUGAUCAAAAGAAAAUUCCGGAGCUUGGGAUGUCUUUGGAGUCGCGAGUAACAAAAUCUUGGGAUACCGUUGACCCCGCUGAGCAACAGCUCGUGCUCUCCAUCCUUCGACGGGGCUUUUCUUAUCUUCCUGAGGAACGAUUGAGUUCAGGACAACUUCUAGAGGAUGCAUCAUUCAAGGCGCUCAUGGACAAGUAUGGGCUUUAG